AUGGGUUCUUCAGCAUUGCCUGUUGCCCUGCAGAAUAAGUUGGUAGGCUACGGUCGAGCCUCCAAAGCCCACCUAUCAGCCGUGAACCUGGACCUGAUCCGGAAUAUCAUCUUUGUUCUCUUCUUAUUCCGACAUGCCCGCAAGGCUUUCUACUCGCUCCGAGGCUAUGGCUUGUUCGGCAGCAUUCGCAAUAUCUACAUCGCCAUCCGACUGUUCUGCUACUCCGUCUUCCUGCGCGCCCCCGGUGUGCGCGGCCAGGUCGAUAAGCAAGUUUCUACCGCGAUCGAAAAACUCGAGAGCAAGCUUGUGAACAGUGGACCUGAUAUUGACCGCCAUCUCACUCUACCUUUGGAAGGGUGGACUGCCGACCGGGUUCGCGAAGAGCUCAACAAGCUAGCCGGUCUUGAACAUACCCGCUGGGAAGAUGGCCGUGUCAGUGGUGCCGUGUAUCAUGGUGGCGAGGAUCUGUUGAAGCUUCAGGCGGGUGCGUUCGAGCAGUUUGGCGUCGCAAACCCUAUCCAUCCGGAUGUCUUCCCCGGUGUGCGGAAGAUGGAGGCCGAGGUUGUUGCAAUGGUUCUAUCCAUGUUCAACGGUCCAUCAGAUGGUGCUGGUGUGACUACCAGCGGUGGCACUGAAUCCAUUAUCAUGGCCUGUCUAGGUGCCCGUCAAAAGGCGUUCAUUGAGCGUGGAGUGACAGAGCCUGAAAUGAUCAUUCCAGACACGGCCCACGCGGCCUUCAUCAAAGCCUGCAAUUAUUUCAAGAUCAAGUUGCACCGCGUCCCGUGUCCCGAGCCCGAGUUCAAAGUUGACGUUAGCGCCGUUCGUCGACUGAUCAACCCCAACACCGUCCUACUCGUUGGCUCAGCCCCCAAUUUCCCCCACGGCAUCAUUGACGACAUUCCUGCACUUUCGCGCCUGGCCACCAAGUACAAGAUUCCUCUUCACGUGGACUGCUGCUUGGGCUCCUUUGUUAUUGCCCACCUCAAGAAGGCCGGGUUCCCAUCACCAUACGAGGAGGAAGGCGGCUUCGACUUCCGUCAGCCUGGUGUCACCAGCAUCAGCGUCGACACGCACAAGUACGGAUUCGCCCCCAAGGGCAACUCCGUUCUGCUGUACCGUAGCAAGGCUUACCGAAGCCAUCAAUACUUCAUCUACCCGGACUGGUCCGGCGGUGUCUACGCGUCCCCGUCAAUUGCUGGAUCUCGACCCGGUGCCCUGAUUGCUGGCUGCUGGGCUAGCAUGAUGAAAGUCGGCCAGGAUGGUUAUAUCAACAGCUGCACCGAUAUCAUCACCGCGGCUCGCAAAUUCGACUCUGCCAUUCGUGGUCAUCCUCUGAUCUCGCUGCACAUGGAGGUCAUCGGUAACCCCAUGGUCAGUGUUGUGGCUUUCCGCAGCAAAAACGGCGCGAUUGAUACAUAUGACAUUGCCGAUGACCUGUCUGCAAAGGGUUGGCAUCUUAAUGCUCUCCAGUCGCCUCCCGCAUUGCACUGCGCCUUCACACUCCCCACCAGCAAGGCUGUUGAUCAGCUUAUCGUUGACACAGCCGAGUGCAUCGAAAAGGAGUUGGAAAAGGCCGAAGAGCGCCGCAGGCAAGGAAAGGCAUAUAUCCUCAAGCGCGGUGAUGCUUCUGCACUGUACGGUGUCGCUGGCAGUAUUCCCGACAAAAGCGUUGUGAGCCGCUUGGCGGAGGGCUUCCUCGAUACCCUGUACAAAGUAUAG